AACGAAUAUUAACAUAUUGGUAAUAGUAAAAAGUCAAAGGAUAAUCCAAUGUGUAGUUUAGAUAGAUAUGUUUCGUACUUCAGUCUUAGUGAUAUUAUACCUUGUUAGUGUUAUAUGCAUCUCGGCAAAGGAAAACCGGGGGGAUUACAAAUGGAAUAUUCCCAGGGACGGCGAUGAUGAGGAUAUCCCGCCUUAUAAAGGGCAAGUGGACGAUUCGACGGAUAAGAUAAUGUUAAAGAAGCAACAGAAUAUGCGUCGUAAAAUGUCAGUAACGUUUCGCAAACCUAAAAUGACUAGACCCGGAGGAAGAUUGACAGAGAGGAAGAGAAUGUCUGACCCGAGCUUAGAUUUGGAUGAAGGGCCCAUACUAGAUGAUCUCCUUUACAAAACAGGGGGUGGCCGUUGUGCUAUCAAAGAAACGAAAGGCAGAGUGGUGCUUCCAGACAGAAUCAAUAGAAAGAACGAGCGCCGAGCGCAUAGACAAAAUAAGCGUAAGGGAGAUCAGAAGAAAGGUCAGAACAGACUUAGCAAACGGUCUGCCGUGCUUACCGAAGAUGAGGAUGAUCUUGAGCCAAUAGUUGAUCCAAACUUUUAUGUCAAAAUCCCGGUGAAAAUCCAUAUAAUAUACUCUAAAUAUGGAGGCUGGAUAACUGCACUAAAACUGAAAAGAACUAUUAAUCGUUUGAAUAAAGCAUACGAAGGUGUGCUUGGUAAAGUUGUUGGGCCUGAUACAGGGAUACGAUUCGUGUUAGAUGAAGUCAAAAGAACCGAGGACAUGAAGAUGUUUUUCUAUUGCGAUUAUUACUACAAGGAACUUAAAGCGAAAUAUAUUAUUGAACCUGAAAAAUACAUCAAUAUUAUCACCUGUGAUCCAUUCCAUGACACCGCCGGCUGGUCCUCUUUUCCGCAUGAAGGUCCAGAAAAUUCCUCCAUCCAUGGAUUAUUUAUUCAUCAUGAGGCAUUCCCAGGUGGUGAUCGGUUCCCUUAUUGGAACCGUGGCAUCACGCUGGUCCACGAGAUUGGCCAUUACUUAGGACUGUACCAUACUUUUCAUAACGAAAAGUGUCAUAAUGCAAGCAAUCCGGAGGACGACGACGGUGUCUUGGAUACUCCCCCUGAGCUUACGUGGGCGUACUGGUGCGAUGAUAUCGGUAGAGAUACGUGUACAGGGCCGGGAGAAUCACUCCCCACAGUGCUUCCAUAUAAAGGUAUAGACCCUGUUACAAAUUUCAUGGAUUACAUUGAGGACAAAUGCAUGGAGCAGUUCACAGUGGGACAAGCAGAGCUACUGCAAGAGUCUAUCAAAGAGCGCAAGCCAACUCUAUGUUGGGAAAAUAACUGUCAAAAGACGAGAAAACAAAUAAGGAAAGAACGAUUAAAGGUCCCAUAG